CUAAUUGUCUGCACCAGAGCUGGAGAUCGCCACCCAAAAUGAAGAGAGAAAGGGGAGCCCCGUCCAGAGCCUCCAGAGCCCUGCACCUCGCUCCUUUUGUCUACCUUCUUCUGAUCCAGACAGACCCCCUGGAGGGGGUGAACAUCACCAGCCCAGUGCGCCUGAUUCAUGGCACUGUGGGGAAGUCGGCCCUGCUCUCUGUGCAGUACAGCAGCACCAGCAGUGAUAAGCCUGUAGUGAAGUGGCAGCUGAAGCGGGACAAGCCAGUGACUGUGGUGCAGUCCAUUGGCACGGAGGUCAUCGGCACCCUGCGGCCUGACUAUCGAGACCGUAUCAGGCUCUUUGAAAAUGGCUCCCUGCUUCUCAGUGACCUGCAGCUGGCCGAUGAGGGCACCUAUGAGGUCGAGAUCUCCAUCACCGAUGACACCUUCACCGGGGAGAAGACCAUCAACCUCACUGUAGACGUGCCCAUUUCAAGGCCACAGGUGUUAGUGGCUUCGACCACUGUCCUGGAGCUCAGUGAGGCCUUCACCCUGAACUGCUCGCAUGAGAACGGCACCAAGCCCAGCUACACCUGGCUGAAGGAUGGCAAGCCCCUCCUCAAUGACUCGCGAAUGCUCCUGUCCUCCAAUCAAAAGGUGCUCACCAUCACGCGUGUGCUCAUGGAGGACGAUGACCUGUACAGCUGCGUGGUGGAGAACCCCAUCAGCCAGGGCCGCAGCCUGCCCGUCAAGAUCACCGUGUACAGAAGAAGCUCUCUUUACAUCAUCUUGUCUACAGGAGGCAUCUUCCUCCUUGUGACCUUGGUGACAGUCUGUGCCUGCUGGAAACCCUCCAAAAAGAAGCAAAGGAAGCUGGAGAAGCAAAACUCCCUGGAAUACAUGGAUCAGAGUGAUGACCGUCUCAAACAAGAAGCAGACACCCUCCCACGAAGCGGAGAGCAGGAGCGGAAGAACCCCAUGGCACUCUACAUCCUGAAAGACAAGGACUCCCCAGAGCCCGAGGAGAACCCCGUCCCGGAGCCUCGGAGCGCGACAGAGCCCGGCCCGCCCGGCUACUCCGUGUCGCCCGCCGUGCCCGGCCGCUCGCCCGGGCUGCCCAUCCGCUCGGCCCGCCGCUACCCGCGCUCCCCAGCGCGCUCCCCUGCCACCGGCCGGACGCACACGUCGCCGCCCAGGGCCCCGAGCUCGCCCGGCCGCUCGCGCAGCGCCUCGCGCACUCUGCGGACUGCGGGAGUGCACAUAAUCCGCGAGCAAGAGGAGACCGGCCCAGUGGAGAUCAGCGCCUGAGCCGCCCUGGGACGCCCGCGAGGCGCCGGCACUCGGUGGCCGCGGCGGCCGGGGGGAGGGCGGGCCGGGGAGGCCGGGCGAGGGGAGGUCUCGGGUGGACGUGUGUGCGCAUGCGCGGAUGGCGGGGGUGCCGCGCGGGCGGCGGUGUUGAUCUCAUGGUGAACCGCGUGACGUUUGCUGCCGGUUUUCUGUCUGUGUUCUCAGCAGGUAUGGGUUGUGCCCUCUUAGGACCACAUAGAUUAUUAAAUUUCCAUCCCAAUCCCCAAAAGGAUUUUUAUGGAAACUAACAUCAGUUACCUAACCCCCGUGACUACCCUAGGGAGCUCUUCUAUUUCCCAUCCGCUGCCCUUCCCUCCGAAAGAACGUCUGAAGCACUUUUUUGGCAAGCCCAGGUUGGAAAGGCCACUUUCCCAAAACGCACAACUGUACUAAACCAAGAGGUCAGAUGACGGUCCUGGGUGUGCAGGGACCGUUCUGAGCACUCGGGGAAUCACUGCAAAGACAGUGCCUUGGAGCACCU